AUGGUGUGUGUCAGUACCGCUGCAGAUAUGCUCGACCUGGGGAUCCCUGCUAUGACAAAGUGCUGUGACCAGCUCGACGUGUGCUAUGACACUUGCGGCGCAAGCAAGAACGACUGCGAGGCAGAGUUUCACAUGUGUCUGAAAGGCAUCUGCUCCGACCUCAAGAAGAGUCUGGGCUUCGUGUCGAAAGUGCAAGGCUGUGAAUCGAUGGCAGACGCUCUGCACAGCACUGUGGGGACUCUUAGUUGUAGGCCUUACAUGAACAGCCAGAGGGCAGCGUGUGUCUGCGAGGGAGAGGAGAGAGAUGAACUGUGA